AUGGAGGCCCUUACAACUUUUGUCCAAACCCACGUCCUGCAGCCAGACAACACGAUCCAGAUUCUGGGCCGCACGUACCGCCCGAAUGACAUCUUCCGCAUGGUCAUCAUCAUCGGAGGAUACCUCCUGUUGCGCCCGUACAUCCUCAAGAUGCAGGCUAAGUUCCAGGAGAAGGACCACGCGCGCGAGGUUGAUCCCAGCGAGGAGUCGAGCCAUUCGGCGAUGGCGGCGCGGAGGAAGCCUGCGGGCGAGGAGAGCGACAACGAGGAUGACGAUUCGUGGGGCGCGAAAUUGAGGAGGAGACAGAGGGCCGAGGCGGCGGAGAAGGCGAGGUUGAUGGAGGAGGAGAACGACAGUGACGAUGAAAUUGCGGAGUAUUUGGAGAAGGAAUAG